AUGGAGCCGGAGGACCUACCGUGGCCCGGCGAGCUGGAGGAGGAGGAGGAGGAGGUGGAGAACGCAUUCCCGGCGGCGACCGAGGAGACCGGGGAGGCCCGGACCUCUGAAGAGACUGUGAAAGUGGAAGAGGUAGACUUUGAAGAGGCGGGGCCCGAGGUGGAUUUGGAUUUUAACUGCGAGUCCCAAACGCGGGAAAGCACGGACGAAGAGGAGGACGAGAUGGCUAAGGCCUGGCUGCAGGCGCACCCUGCCCAACCUGGCAGGGCUUUCCCUCCGCCCCCGCCCCCGCGGUACCUGUACGCUCCGGUGGAGCAUCUGAGCGAGACUGAGGUUGUUUCACUGACGUGCCAUGGGUGGCAGCAGUCAUCGUAUCAAGACAAUUCUAGAGCACAGCUUUCCAACUCCGGUAUAGUGUCGUUGGAAACAACAGUCCAGUGGGGUCCCGGGGAGGAACAGAGAGCAGAAUCUUGGCAUCAUCUUCCUCAAGAAAGGGACUCUUCCCAAACCUUGGCUACGCCCCAGACUGAGACUGACGCGAGAAGAGAAGGAGUGAAAGUGAUAGACUUCCCCCCUCUGGAGAAAAGUGAACUGGCGCAGUCAGAACGUCCAGUCACGAAACCAAAGCUAAAUCUCCUGUGUUCUCCAUUGCUAGUCAUCCAGGAUAAUUUUGCUACUCCUGAUUUGCCUUUGCUGACAUGUUUGACACAAGACCAGGAAUUUGAGCCUGAUUCUUUGCUCCAACAAAGUGAACUAGAAUUUGCACCUUUGAGAGAGAUUCCUGAUAAGUCGGAAGAUACUGAAUGGCUUUCUCGGCCGUCAGAAGUUAGAGAAGCUUUAUUCCAGGCCACCUCAGAAACAUCUUCAGACUUAGUUAACAGUUGCCUUAGUAUAUCUCAACAUCCACUUACAGGUAGCACAACUUUUGGAUCUCAGCGCUCUCUUUUCCCAUCUGAACAAGAGAACAAUGGAGAGAAUGCACCACCUGAUGCUCCUGAUGAACUGAAAGGCCCCAAUGGUUCUGAUCACUAUGAUGCCCUGCUUUCAUAUAUGUCAUGGCAGACAGAAAAGGAUACUCAGCACCCAGAAGGCAAAUUGUCUGACCAGGUUUCCUCUUCAACUUUAUCUGAUGUUAGUGAUGAAAACAUGACUGCUGGAAGAAUCAGUGGCUUUGAUUCGGCUUGUUCACAUGCUCAGUAUUGGAAACAGGAAAUCUUACAGCAGUCAGAAGCAUGUCUACCCCGUACGGACCAGGCUUCCUUCCCAUGCAAAAUUCCUCCUCCUAAUAAAAUGUCAUAUUCUUUCCUGCGAUGCAUGUUGGAAAGAGCUAAAGGGGCUCCCUUGACCUCUGUUAACCAUCUUGAGAAUGUUUGUUUAAGGUCUCCAUCUGAGGAUAAAAUGAGUCCAAAGAUGGAUUCUUUGGAGGGCUUUGAAGGAAAUGAAGAUAAGAAGAAAACAUUACCUCCAUUUUUUAAGCAAAAGGAGAUUAGAAAUAUUUUGCCGUCACCUCAGGUGCAUGCCAAAUCUCCAGAGGUAAAGUAUAUUGGGUUGGCUGCCGUCCUUGAUAGUCAUGAACAAGUUUCAGAAGCACAUAUACUCUCUAGAGGACUUGAAAUCUCCAAACUAGAGGCUUCUGGUGCCCCCCUUCGAACAGUUAAAGCCAACUUGGAUGAGACAUCAGAACAACCGUAUUUUCAAGAGGAAAGAAACCAAAAGGCAGCUUCUACUUUUGAUGGCCUACAGGAGAAGGCUGAGUCUGGCAUUGUUACUCUGCAUGGUGAUGAUGACCUAUAUAAAACUGCUGGUGUACACAGUGAAAGAAUUUCUGAACUGCAAAGAGAGGUAGACCAUUCUAAUUUGGACAUUAGUCAGCCUUUUCCAUCUCCAUUAUCUUCAUUUGUUCCUCAAGAACCAACCAGUGAGUCAAAAUAUCAUUCUCCCAAUCUCAGAAUGUUGAGGGUAUCUCUUGACACUCAACCAACAGCUCUUACACGGUCAACAGGAGACACUUCUAAAGGAGGCAAAGUUGCAAUUACUCAAUCCAAGUUGAAACCAGAUAUCACUAACACUCUUGGAGAGUCAGACAUCAGAACACACUCACCUUUGUCCCUUGAGGAUUUGUCUCAGUUUGCUGUUGUACCUGAAGGCCGUCUAUCUGAAGAGGCUUCCCAAACUUCACCUCAUCUUGGAUUAGUUACCCCAAGUAUUGGGAAAUCACCUGCAAUCCCUGCUUCCUGUUCACAAAGAGAGAAGCCUGGUAUUUUCUAUCAACAAGUCCUAACAGGUGGUCAUUUACCUGAAGACAUUAUGAAAACUUCAGCUGCUCCAAGGCCUACUGACCAGAAGUUUGAUAGUCCAGCUUCACUCCCUACUUCCUACACACAUGAAGGACCUAAUGUUUUCUACCAACAAAUGGCAAAAAGUCAUUUAAGUGAAGAGACUGUGCGAGGUUCAGCUCUUCCUGGACCAGCUACCCAGAAUGUUGGGUUAACUGUACCACCCUUUCCUUCUCUGUCGCAUGGAGAAAAGUCUCAUACUUUCUAUUACCAGGCUUUGCCAGAAAGUUAUUUGAGCCAUCAGCCUUGGAAAGUUUCUGUUGCUCCUGGGCCUGUUGAUCAGAAGACUGGAGCAGCAGUAGGCCCUUCCACAGAUAGGUAUUUUACUGAAGAGACUUGGAAAGUGUCAUCUGCUCCUAGGCCAGCUGCUCAGAAGCCGGAGAUGUCAACGGUACACUCUAGUCCCUACUCAAAGGGAAUAAAACCUGCUAUUUUCUAUCAGUAUCCUCUGUUAGAAAGUUAUCCAGACAAAGAGCCUCUGGAUGGUUCACCUGUUUCUGGAUCAGCUGAGAAGAUUCGGUCUCCAACAGUAACCUCUGCUUCCCAGCCACAUAAAGAGAUAGCGAAAGCUUUCUACCAGCAGACAUUAUCAGACAGUCAUCUCACCGAAGAAGCAUUGCCCAUUUCUGUUAUUCCUGGCCGAGGUGACCAGAAGACUCCUUUACUAUCAGAAUUACCUUUUUCCUAUUCUCACAGAGCAAAGAACCUGCCUGAAGGAAUGAAAGUUUCCACUGAGUCUGGAUCUGCUGAUGAGAAGACUGGCGUUCCAACAGUGUCUUCCAGUUCCUACCAGCAUCAAAAGAAACCUACUGUUCCUUACUACCAAGAGUUGCCAGACAGUCAUGUACCUGCAGGGACUCAGAAAGUUUCAUUUGUAUCUGGACCAGUUGACCAGAAGUCUGGAAUUUCUCACCCAUAUGUUGAGAUUCCCUGUGUUUUCUAUCAACAGGAGUUGCCAGAUAGUCAUUCAACAGAAAAAUCUACAAAAACAUUGAUCCUGAGGCCAGCUGUACAGAAGACUGAUCUGUCAACAGUAUCCCCUACUUCUCCAUCACUUGCAGAAAAGCCUGUUUUGCCCUACCAGCCAACCCCUCCAGGUAGUCAGCUCUCUGGAAUAUCAACUAUAACCUCUUCCUCCUAUUCAUAUCAAGAGAGGCUCAAUAUUUCUCAUCAGCAAAAGUUUCCGGACAGCUACCUAACUGAAGAGGCCCGGAAAGUCUUGGGUACCACUGGAUCAGUAGACCAGAAGACAGGGACCCCAACAAUGUCAUUGCCCUCUAUUUAUUCACAAAAAGAGGGGCUUGGUAUUUUCUAUCAACCAGGUCCUCUAUAUCAAGAGACUCUACAAACUUCAGCUACUCUACAAACUACAGCUACUACUAGUACAGUUGCUAUGCCAACUGUAACCUGUACUUCCUUCUUACAAAGAGAGAAGCCUCAGAUUUUUUACCAGCAGGCUCCCCCAGGUGGUCAUUUGCCUGGAGAGUCUCUGAAGGUUUCACCUGCUCCUGCACCACCUGACCAGAACACUGGGGCACCAGCAGUGUCUCCUAGUUCUUACUUCCCCGGAGAGGAGUCCAUUAUUUUUUACCAGCCUGGCUUGUCAGGUAACCCUCUGUCUGCAGAGUGUUUCAAAGUUCCAGGGAUUUCUGGAUUAACUGAACAGAAGACUAGCACACCAGCAGGACCAUCAGGUUCCUAUCCAGUUAGAGAGAAAUCCAUUAUUUUCUACCAACAGACCUUGCCAGAUGGUCAUUUUCCUAAAGAAGCUUCAGAUGUUUUAACUUCUGGACCAGUUGACCUGAAGACUGGGGAGCCACCAGUAAAUUCGACUCCCUAUUCUUUUGGAGAAAAGCCCAUUAUUUUCUAUCAGCAGGCCUUUUCAGGUAGUCAGCUAACUAAAAAAGACUGCAAAGUUUUAGUUGUUUCUGGGCCAGCUGACCAGAAGGAUGGGCUUAUCACCUCUUCUUCAUACUCAGAUCUAGAGAAUACCAUUGUUUCUUACCACCAAGAGUUGCCAGAUAGGCCUCUAACUGAAAACUCUGGGAAAGUUUCAGUUGUUCCUGGACCAACUGACCAGAAGACUGGGAUAUCAACAGUGCCUUCUACUUCCCACUCAAAAAUAGAGAGGCCUACUGCUUCUUACCAGCAAGAGUUUCCAGAUCUUAGUGAAAAAGCUUUGGAAGUUUUAGGUGAUACUGAACCUAUUGAACAGAAAACUGAAAUACAAGUAGUGCCCUCUACUCCCUUAUACAGUGAGACGCCUAAUGUUUCUUAUCAGCAGGAAUUGCCAGAUCUUACUGAAGAAGCUUUGCAAAUUUUAGCUGAUUCUGGAGCAGUGCCUUCUGUCCCUAACUCAAAGGAUGCAACGCCCCUCAUCUCUUACCAGCAAGAGUCACCAGAUCUUACUGAAAUACCUUUGAAAGCAGUAGGACCUGGCUCUACUGACCAGAAGACUCGGGCACGAAUAGUUUCCUUCUCAAGUAGAGAGAAGCUCAGUGAUUUUCAUGAACAGGAAUUGCCAAGUACUGGUGAGGAUGCGUUAGGUGUCCAAAAGGUUGGGAAAACAACAGAACCUUUAAAUUUAAAACAGAGAGAAGCCAGUGUUUUCUCUCCACAGGAGUUGCCAGCCAACCAUCUCACAGAAGAGGGCCUGAAAGUGUCAGCUGGUUCUACACUUUCAGCACAGACACCAGGGACUCCAACAGGGCCUUCUAGUUCCUACUUACAUAGAGAAAAGUUGAGUGAUUUUUAUCAAAAAUCCUCACCAGAUGAUGUUCUAACUGAAAAUUCUCUGAAGGCUUCAACUGAUCCUGGACUAUCUGACCAGAAUAGGAGACCCACAGUCUCAUGUGGCUCCUACUCACAUAAGGAGAAACGUAAGAUUUCAGCUGCAGAUCUGCUGGAUGACCAGAAGAUUGAGUUGCCAACAGUUACUCAUAGGUCCUGCCUACAUAGAGAGAAGCCUGCAGCUUCAUCUGUGAUUGGACCAGAUGAUCAAAAGACUCCAUUACCAACAGCUUUUCAUGGUUCCUGUCCUCAAAAAGUAAAACCUAUUUUUGCUCAAAAGCAGUUAACAGAUAGAGAUCAAAGUGAAGAUAUUCCAAAGAUUUCAACUGUCUCAGAACCAACAGUUGUAACCGCAGGUGUACCAGUACCUCUGCCUGGUUCUUAUUCACACAGAGAGAAAUUGGAUUCAUCCUGUGGAUACCCCCAGGAACUGCCAGACAGACAUCUAACUGAAGAUGCUCUGAAGAUUUCAAGUUGUCUUGGUCAAGCUGACCAGAUUUCUGAUUUACCUACAUUUUCUCCUGGUACUUAUUCACACAGUGAAAAGCACCGACUUGUCUCAGAACAUGCCCAAAAGCUGACAGAUAAUUUGAAUUCUCCUGAGUCUUGUUCUCUCAUUGCAAACAGUAUGCCUUUAAAUUCUCAGAUUGAUGACGGAGUUAUCAUAUGUGAGCCAGAAUCUUCAGGUUUUGGUGAUGUUGGCUGUGAGGAAAUCCGGGAUAUAGAUCAUGGUUCUAAAACUCUUAAAGAAAUUCAGACUCUUUUAAUGGAAGCAGAAAAUAUAGCACUGAAACGCUGCAAUUUCCCUGCUCCCUUGGUUCCUUUCAGAGAUGUUAACGAUGUUUCAUUUAUACAGUCAAAGAAGAUGGUUUGCUUCAGAGAACCCUCCACAACUGAUGUUUGUACCCAGAGGGAGCCAUUUAUAGAGGAGAUCCCUCAUGUUGAGUGUGUACAGAAGGACAUUGGCACACAGACAAAUUUCAGGUGCCAGAGGGGUGUUGAAAAUUGGGAGUUUAUUCGUGCAACUACGUUUAGAAGUCCUCUACAGGAAGCAGAAGGCACAACGAGGGUGGCAUUUGAUGGAACUUUCAGGCAGGUGGACGCUUCCAGGUCUGUAAUGAGGUCUGAACCUGAAGGUUGCAGUACAGGCAUUGGGAAUAAAAUUAUUAUCCCUAUGAUGACAUUCGUAAAGAGUGACUCGAGCAGUGAAGUAAGUGAUGGCUGCUGCUCAUGGGACAGUAAUUUACCCGAGUCUUUGGAGUCUGUUUCUGAUGUUUUUCUAAACUUCUUUCCAUAUACUUCACCCAAGACUAGCAUAACAGAUAGCCGUGAAGAGGAGGGAUUGUCAGAGAGUGAGGAUGGCUGUGGUAGUGUAGAUUCACUGGCUGCACAUGUGAAGUACCUUCUGCAGUGUGAAUCCUCAUUGAAUCAAGCCAAACAGAUACUUAAAAAGGCAGAGGAAGAGGAGUGUCGGGUCCGAGCCCAAGCCUUGAAUCUAAAAUUUAAUUUAGGACAUGACUAUGGAUACUCCAUUUCAGAAUUAAAUGAAGAUGACAGGAGGAAAGUAGAAGAGAUAAAGGCGAAGUUGUUUGGUCAUGGAAGAGCAACUCGAAUGUCUGAGGGCUUGCAGAGUCCACGGGGAAUAGGAUGUGUGCCCGAAGCUGUAUGCAGUCACAUUGUUAUUGAGAGUCAUGAGAAAGGAUGUUUCAGGACUCUUACUGCUGAGCGACCACGACCAGACAGCCGCCAUGGUGUUUUCAGACCUCUUGAACCUUCAGAUUUGAUUAGAGGACAACGGAGCCCAUCAUCAAGGAGAGGCAGGCACAUCAACCUUUCCAGAUCGAUAGAUCAGAGCAAUACCCAUUUCAAAGUUUGGAAUUCCUUUCAGUUACAGAGUCAUCCCCCAUUUCAAAAACUUGCACCUGAUGACAUCAAAAUUAGCAAGGGUGUUGGAAUGCCAUUCCAUGCAAACAUGGACCCUCAGCCAUUGGGAUUAGUAGAGCCUACUUGUGUGCCAUCUAAAGAAAUGGAUUUUCUUUCCUCAUCACAAAUACUGCCCCCUGAACCCACGGAGGAGUUCACUACCUCUGUCACUUUUUCUUCUCACCAACACUCUAAGUACAUUUCUGAUUCCUCUGUUGUUAAGGUUGGUGUUACUGAAGGUAGCCAGUAUACUGGACCAUCUUUAGGAGUGUUUAAGUCUCAUAUCUCUGAAGAGCAGAUUUCUCUUGGAGAUCUUAAACAGAAAACCUCUUCCCCUUCAUCACUUAAAAGGCAUAGUCAUUCACCAGUGACUGUUUUAGCAGAAGGUAGUAAGCAAAGGCAAAAAUUACUUCUUGAUUUUCAGCAUUCUCAUCAAAAACGAAAACUUUUAGAAAGAUCAGAGUUUAAAGCCAGUCCUUCUGAACCCAGUGUCAGUCCAAACUAUAGCACUUUCAAGGGAAUUCAGUUUUCUGGUAAGGAUACCAUUAUUAACCCAGAAGAACUAAAUACUACACUUGAUGUAAAAGAGAAGAAUGUAACUGUAGCUCCUGAUCUACCUUCUUGUAUUUUCCUUGAACAACGAGAACUCUUUGAACAAAGCCACACUCCACAUACAGAUCACCAGAUGAGGAAAUACUCUUCUCCAUUUUGUCCAGACAUUGCUUCUUGUAUUUUUCUUGAAAAGAGAGAAUUCUUUGAGCAAAGCCAAGCCCCACAUGUAGAUCGUGAAAACAGAGAAGACCAUUCUUUCUUUCCUAAGUGCCAGGAUUAUAUAAUUGCAGAUCUUCCUUCUCCCGACUUUCUUGAUGAGCAGGAAUGCAAAUCCCCAGAUGUAGAUGACCACAUGAGAAAACAGCCGUUCCCUCUUUCUCAAGGUCAGGAUUGGGUAGUAGAAAAGACUCAGCAUAUACCUCAGUCACAGUUUUCUAAUACGAUAAAUGUUGAAGCCAAGUUCAGUAAUUUGAUCUCCCAGUCAGCCCCUGACCACUGUACAUCUGCAUCUAUUCCACCUCCAAAUAGGAAAGCACUUUCAUGUCUUCGUAUAACUCUUUGUCCCAAGACUUCUUCCAAGUUGGAUAGUGGAACCUUAGAUGAAAGGUUUCAUUCGUUGGAUCCUGCUUCUAAAACAAGAAUUAAUAGUGAGUUUGACUUUGAUCUUCGAACUGUAUCUUCAAGGUCAUUGGAACCAACCUCCAAAUUACUGACCUGUAAACCUGUAGCACAGGAUCAAGAAUCUUUAGGUUUUCUAGGACAUAACUCUCCACUGGACUUGCAAGUUGCACAGUCUUCUCUUCCAGAUAGUGAGACUAUUUCUCAGGACUUGAAAACCAAACCUACUCAGAAUAGCCAGAUAGUAACGUCAAGGCAAACACAAGUGAACAUUUCAGAUUUGGAAGGAUAUUCCAAACCAGAGGGAACUCCAGUAUCUGCAGAUGGUUUACAAGAACAGAAUAAGGCUCCCUUUCCUACAUCCUCUGGGAAGUUAUCAUCUGAUGCAGUCACUCAGAUAACAACAGAAAGUCCAGAAAAGACCACGUUUUCUUCUGAAAUUUUUAUUAAUGUUGAUGAUUAUGGACAGGAAGCUUUGGGCUCCAUGGGUCAAAAGCCACCCAAGUUUGCCUCAUCAUCUUCGAUGCAAGAAAUCACAUCUUCUCUUGGCAAAGACACCCAGCCUGUACUGUUGCCAUAUAAACCAUCGGGAAGUUCAACGAUGUACUAUGUUCCACAAUUAAAAACAGUUCCUUCAGAUCUGGAUUCCAAAUCAGAUACCACUGUUGAGAGCUCACAUUCAGGAUCCAAUGAUGCUAUUGCCCCAGACUUUCCACCUCAAGUGCUAGGCACAAGAGACGACGACCUUUCCGCCACUGUGAACAUUAAGCAUACAGAAGGAAUCUAUAGUAAGAGGGCCGCAACAAAGGGGGAAAAGCCCCCUCAGAAAGAUAAUGCAGAGGCCCCAGUUCAAGUGCCCGUCAUUGGGGAUCAGAAUGUCUCAGACGAAAAACAGAAAGAGAUCAUCAGUAGACCAGUUGUGACCAAGAUGGCAUGGCCUGAAGAAAGAAGUUCCUUGCAGGACACUGCAGGUUCCAGUGAUACCAUUGUACAAGACAGAAAAACUGAAAACCUCUCCAAUUCUAAAUCCAUCAUACAGAAGGAGGAGAUCCAUGUUAAAAGGACCAUCCCUCAGGAGCUCUGCCCAGAGAAAGAAGGAUCCUUAGAGAUAGGUAUUUCAGAGUCUGAAUGCCGUUCUGCAUUUGAAAACACCACACACUCUGUCUUCAGGUCAGCCAAAUUUUAUUUUCAUCAUCCUGUGCACCUGCCCCACGAGCAAGAUUUCUGCCCCGAGUCUUUGGGAAGGAGUGUUUUCAUGCAGCAUUCUUGGAAGGAUUUCUUUCACCAUCAUUCAAAGCACAGCUGCCUUCCUCCCCCUGGCACAAGUGCAGACAAGACCAAGAUGGACCGCACCAGAAUUAAGAGCCUCAGCAUCAGUUUGAGUUUGGGAGACAAUGAGAAGACAAAUACUGUCAAGAGUCAGGCCAGAGACCCAAAAGGCAAAGGACAGACAAACGACCCAAAAAAGGAUCAGAGGGUCACCCCAGAGCUAGCAGCACGGUGCACUGUGAGUUUGAAUGAACUCUGGAAUAAGUACCAGGAGCGACAGAAGCAGCAGCACCCGCCUGGUGUUUGUGAAAAGAAGGAACUGUCUUUGGUGGAACGACUUGACCGUUUGGCUAAGCUGCUUCAGAAUCCCAUCACACAUUCACUGCAGGCCUCAGAAAGUACCCAAGACCAUAGCCGAGGGGGACGGGGUGUGAGGGGUUGGACCAGGAGGAGGCCGCAUCAGCAUAAAGGCAAGCUGCAGAGGAAGCGGUGCAAGAGCCUAGAGAGGGGUCACAGUGGGAAAUCCAAUCAGAUUAAAAUUGAGCAGUUUAAAUUAGAUAAAUACAUCCUGAGAAAACGACCGGAUUUUAAUUAUGUCAGCAAUACCUCCUCAGAUUCUAGACCCACAGACGAAAGUGAGCUGCUUACAGAUAGUCCCAACAUUUUCUCCAGCACCACUUCUCCUAUGGACUCAGAUGUAUGGACUCAGACUGACAGGGAUGUGACUUUAAAUGACAGGAGUAGCUCCAUAUCCACCAUCGACACGGCCCGGCUGGUCCAAGCUUUUGGCCAUGAAAAACUGUGUUUGCCACCCAGGCGAAUUAAAUUAUACAGCAGUGUCACCAAUCAGCAGAGGAGACUUCUGGAGAAGCGGAAUAAGCACAGCAAGAAGGCACUGAGCACAGGCUGUCCCCAAAUGACUUCUGAGUACUCCAGAAGGAGGCACAUCCAGGUGGCAAACGAGAUUUCCUCUGACUCCGGCUCAUCUACUGGUAGUUUCUUGAGCUUGGCUUCUACUCUUUACAACGAAGAAAGUGUGCAUAUGUUGAACAAGGGUGUACAAGCUGGUAACUUGGAGGUUGUGACCAGUGUCAAAAAAUACACUCGUGAUGUUGGGGUGACUUUCCCAACUCCCAGUCCUAGUGAAGCCAGAUUGGAAGAGGACAGUGAUGUGACUUCUUGGUCAGAAGAAAAAGCCAAAGAGAAAAAGUUCCUCACCAAUUAUCUGCGGGACAAAAACUUAAGGAAGAACAAGCCAAAUUCCUGUGAAGGUGUCGCAUGGUUUGUUCCUGUGGAAAAUAGAAAGUCUGGAUCUAAGAAGGAAAACCUGCCCAAGAUUUAUGGCCCUGGUAUCUCCUGGUUUGAACCAGUAACCAAAACCAAACCCUGGAGAGAGCCCCUGAGGGAACAAAACUGGCAGGAGCAGAGCAUGGGCAGUCGUGGGUCCCUGAGAGGCCCAGGUGGAGGUGGUGCCCGGGCUCCUCUCAGGCCAUUUGUGAGAGCAACCCUGCAGGAAUCUCUUGAGCUUCACAGACCUGAUUUCAUCUCCCGUUCUGGGGAGCGGAUAAAACGCCUGAAGCUACUCGUCCAGGAGAGGAAGCUACAGAGCUUGUUCCAGAGUGAGCGGGAGGCUCUGUUCAAUGCGGUGCGGCCCUUGCCUAGGAGAGCCCUCCUGACUGCCCAGAAGAGCAAGCCUAUUGGAAAGAGGGAAAUGAUCCAGAGGACCAGACGGAUUUAUGAGCGGCUUCCAGAAGUGAAGAAGAAGAGAGAAGAGGAGAAGAGGAAAUCAGAAUAUAAAUCCUACCGACUGCGAGCUCAGCACUUUAAAACGAAAGUGACCAACCAGCUCCUGGGGAGAAAAGUGCCUUGGGACUGACAUAAGACUACUUUCCUCAGAGCCUAGGAAUACUUUUUUAUAAGCCUAAAGAAGCCUAAUUUAUUCUUUAAUGAGUGAUUUAAUAAAGCUUUUUCUUUGUCUGUGUGUAGCUUAGUACUCUGGGGUGUGGGCAGUGGUGACUGGAGCAACUGUGGUUGGGAAUCUGCCCUCCCUUUCUCUGUCGGCCAUGCCCACAGGCCCUUCCGUAGGGUGGACUCUGGGUUCUAGCCAAGGAGGAGUCCCUGUUGUAUGUGUUCUAUACUUUCAGAAAACAAAGCACUACCAAUGCACUCCUAGAGGACAAGCAGCACGAGGUCGUUCCUUCCGCAUCGGGAGAAGAGCAGGCAGCUGGGCAGCAUCUGGCCUGCUGUGUGGAGGGAUGUGGGUCUCAGAGCAUGAAAUGUGGCUUCUUUUUGAAUCACAGCAUAGUGCAUAAGGUCUGCUCAUCACGGGCUUGUGUGAAAUCUGCAUCACCAGAGGCUCCCAGCAAGGCUCCCAGCCUUCUCCAGCAGGUCUCCCUUCACUUGCUCAUUUGUCUGUGAAAUUGAAGCCUCAGACCAUCCAUCAUCUCACAAUAGAAAUAUGAAACAAUAUUUACAGCACAGGACACUUUUCGGAAAAGAAGUGUUGAUGAAUGAUUCCCACUCUGGUCUUAACCCAGUAACUGGGCAGAAUGCAAGAAGCUCUCUUCCCCUUAUAACUGGGAAUCGUAGCUAAAUCGCAAAGCCAAGGAAAGAAUGUGCUGUACUUUCAGCAGACACCUCCCAGCCCUUGCAGAGGGAGCGGCAGCAUGGCCAGUGGCUACCUCAAGACUCCCUGAGAGGUUAGGAAGGCAGGUCGUGCCCCCAGUGCCCCAUGAGCCCGAACUUGUGCUUGUACCCUUAAGAUAUCGGAAGAUGCAGGGGAAGGGUGCUCGGCCACCUAUAAAAUGAGAACAUCAAUACUCUUAAACCCUUUUCAGCUCCAAAAUGCUGUGACUUGUGGGUUCCCAUUCAUAAUAGAAUUCCUUUGCAAGGCAAUUUAGGCACGGUGGAAAUCAUGAUUACUUGGGCCCAACACUGGGUUGUUCAGAUGUCUUCCAAGAGCAUUCAGAUCUAACACCCGAGGGUUCAUGGAAACAGGACUAGGGAACAGUUCUCAGAGCUGAGGUCUCCCUGCUUUUCUAUGCAAAGGUCUUUUGUAGCUGCCACCUUGUGGGCUGUACUUUGUACUGCCUGCAGACUCUUCUGCUCCCGGAGCACAAGAUGGCUUCCCUGCUGUGCAUAGCUCCAUUUGUGCUUUGUGCUGGGCAAAAGCCAGAGUCCCCACUUCAGGCCUCAUUCCUCAGGUGAUGAAACUGCCCUGCCCCUUUCCCACCACCACACACUUGCCCUAACCAUAUUCUGCUGCUGCUUCUGUUACUGUGAUUUGCUCUAGAACUGCUUGCCUGCUGUCUGUUCCUUUCAGAGCUUAACACAGCCCAGUUUUGCAGUGAUCACCAGGCCUACAGUUUGGAGUGAGGGUUUGGGCAAAGAGGACAGAAUUUUAAUGCGAAGCCAGACCUGGUAGAGUGGAAGUGCAGCUUUCAAAAUCAACAACAAUCAUCCCUGGCCUCCCAAAUACUGGGAUUUCAGGCAUGUCAAACCAUGUUUGUGUCUCAAGUGAUUGUUCUGUCUAGCUAUGAAAUUAGACCACUCUGAAUCAUUAUUGUGACCUGCAUCUUUGCUUGCUAGGAGCUAGGUGAUUUCAGCCUAUGUAGUUUGGUUGCUUAGAGCAGUCUACAGGUGGUCACAAAACACUUGCCAGGGGCAGCUGGUCAGAGAGCUCACAGGGAAAGGUUUUACAAAAUAAUGAUGCCCUUCAGGGGGCACUCGUUGUUAGGGGAUUACAUUUCUUAGGAACAUGAACACAGAUGCAAUCAGUUCUCUUAGUCUGACUAGCACUAGCUCUGAGUUUCUUCCCUAAUUUUCAGAGAGCUAAGGUAUCCAGAAAUACCAAGGAAUCCAAGCUGUCUCCUAGACACAAGGGUGCCUGCUCUCUGUCCAGCACCAUUUCUUGGUCAGCCUAGGUUGCUAGGUUUCUCUUCUACAGAGGACCCAUGGCCAAGUUCCAAAGUGGGCGUGGUCAAAUUACAUACAUACUCCUCCAAUUCCUUGCCCAGUCUAUCAGUAUUCAUCCUCAUCUUUGCUCCCCAAAUCCAGAAUCAGCUUAAGACAGAUGGAGCAAGACUGAACAAACCCUCCACUUGAUUCCAUGAUUUAAGACCUGAGAAAUAGUAAAAGGAGCUUUAGGACAUUUCUGCUGCCUUCAGAACAUGGAGACCAAGCACCUUGGCCAGACUAGAUAGUCCUCACCCGUGACAGGCACAGGAGUGUUGUCACCUAACAGGAAGGCUUCAAGCAAGCUCAGAACAGAGCUAGAAAUAUAAAGCUUG